CGUCUGUGGAGACUAGAGACCCCUUUCUACUUCAAGCGCCCACUGCCGGCCAGUUAGAGCGUCGAGCCAAGGGGGAGAGGAGAGAGAAGAGAGAAGAAAAGAGGGGGUUCGCAUGUUUUUUUCCCUCUCUCCCUCCGCAGGCGGAGCUUCGUUCUCGCGAACCAUUGGAAUUCACCGUCUGUUUUCACGAGAUCUUGGGAGCACCGCCGGGGUGAGAGGAGAAGAGAAGAAGAGAAGCAGCGAGCCAGCGCCGUGAGCACGGCACAUGCGAACCGGAGUGCUCACCAACGACAUUCCAGCUGUUGUGCCAUACAUACGCAGACUCACACACGCACACUCACCAUACUCACAUACACACACACUCACACACACACACCCACACCCUCACCCACACACACACAUACAAACACACUCACGCAUAGCCUACAUUUACCACAAACAGGCACGAAGAACAAACAAAUCCAGUCACUAUGUGGCAACCUGCGACCGAGCGACUACAGCACUUCCAGACCAUGUUGAAGACCAAGCUGAACGUGCUCACGCUCCGGAAAGACCCGUUGCCCACGGUGAUCUACCAUGAGCCCGAGGCCAUCGAGCUGUGCUCCACGGCGCCGCACGCCAAGAACCGCAACCACACGGGAUUCAAGGUGACCUACCUGGGGAAGGUGAGCAUCUCCGGCACGCAUUUCCUCUCCGGCUGCACCGAGUCGGCGGUCGUGGGACUCUGCGCCGCUGCCGCCAAUGCCGCCGCCAACGGAAACAAACAGUCAACGACGACGACGGCCAUCUCCAACGGCAACAGUAUCCCGGACAGCAACGCCAAUGGCAACGCAAACGACAACAGCAACACCACCACCACCAGCACCGGCGGUGGCCUGGUCCACGGCAGUAACGCCGUGUUGGAGAUCCGGCCCUUCCAGGUGAGACUCCACCACCUGGACCCCAGGGCGAGCAGCGGCGGCGGGGGUGGAGGUGGCGUCGGUGGGGGCGGUGGCGGCGGUGGAUGUGGCGGUCUGGAGGUCUCGUCUGCGACGUCCAUGGACACCUACCAGGUGGCGCGCAUCGCCUACUGCACCGCCGACCACCAAGCCAACCCCAACGUUUUCGCCUGGAUCUACCGGCAGAUCAACGACGACCUGACCUUCCAGAUGGACUGCCACGCCGUGGAGUGCCAGAGCAAGCGCGAGGCCAAGAUGCUGGCCCACUCCAUGAUGGAGGCCUUCCGCAAGACCUUCCACAGCAUGCACAGCGAGGGCCAGCUGGCGCACAACCAGUCGUCCUCCUCCUCCUCCAGACCCGGCGGCGACGGCGGUUCCUCGUCCGGCGGCUCCGCGGCCUCCUCCUGCGACGACCAGCCCGAGGACUGCAGCCUCAGCAUUGCCACCACGCCUGACGACUCCACGCCCGAAGACGGUUGAAGUUGAGGGGGGUUGAGACUGGGGGCUUUGGAGAGUGGAGUGGAAGAAUGGGUUAGUUGUUGGAGUGGUGGUACAGAGAUGGUUGGUGGUGGAUGGAGGUGGUUGGGAUUGCUGGUGGAGUAGUUGGUGUAGAGUUGAGGGUGGUGUUGGUGUUGGUUGACGAAGCCACUCGCUCACUUACUUACUUAACCCAUGGCCUUUCGUUUUCUUUCUUUCUUUCUCUCUCUCUCUCUCUCUCUCUCUGAUGGUCUUUCUCUCUCCCUCUGCUCACAUCUCUGUCUUCUAUUUCGUACUUUACUGUAACAUUCAGUAUCUUUUUUUUCACCUGAGUUUUUGAUUCCAUCCACUUGACAAACUGCCAAUGUGAUCAAUCUGUUUUGAAAGAAAAAAAAUAUUUUAACGCUGGAGAGAGAGAGAGAGAGAGAGAGAGAGAGAGAGAGAGAGAGAGAGAGAGAGAGAGAGAGAGAGAGAGAGAGAGAGAGAGAGAGAGAGAGAGAGAGAGAGAGAGAGAGAGAGAGAGAGAGAGAGAGAGCAGUAGAGGGAGAGUUAGGAGCAAAACAAAAAUAGAAAGAAAGCAGCACGUUUCUGUGCUCAUUCCAUAUUUGUGUAUUUCGCUGAUUUUUUUUCUAGUGUCAGUCAGUCCGUCUUGAUUGUGUCUUACAAAAAAAUCUGUGCCAUACUGACCAAUAGUCACGAGUGCCUCGUGUGGUGAGGAGGUUAGUGUCGGAAGGGAUGGCAAAUACAAACAAAUAAGCAACAGCAGCAACAAAAACAACAACAACAACAACAACAAGCAAACAUGCAACCAAACGAACACACUUACAAGCCCUCUAGAGGCUGACGUUUGCUGGCAAGAUGGUGGACGGCCUGUCAGUGGCCUUAGCGCACACUGCUCCUCAAUGCUGUGUGUGUGUGUGUGUGUGUGUGUGUGCGUGCGUGCGUGCGUGUGUGU